AUUAAUUAAAAAACAAGUUUCCGUUGUUGAAAGAGGAAUUAUGAAAUUGUAUUCGUUUUUAACAAUAGUAGGCAUUUUUAUCCGAUUAAACGCUUAUCAAUUUAAUUAUAAAAAGGAAGGAUCCGAUUGGAAAGGAACCUGUGCGAAUGGUGAGAAGCAAUCACCAAUAAAUAUUAAAGAGGAGGAAGCUUUUAAUCUUCAAACUCCUCCUUUAAAAUUUCACAAUAUUAAAAAGUACUUGAAGGGUUCAAGAUUGAUUAAUAAUGGAAAAACUGUUCGAAUACAUAAUCAAUUAGAAUUUUUCCAUAUAUCGAAUGGUGGUCUUCCUGGAAAAUACAGUAUUAAAUACAUUGAUUUUCAUUGGGGCAAAGGUAAAGGAAGAGGGUCUGAGCAUCGUCUUUCCGGAAUCUCAUCCGAUAUGGAGAUGCAAAUUGUUGCUACAAAAAUCGGAGGAAAAGUAAAGGAUCUCAAUUACUAUGCCAUCUUCGCCUUCUUAUUCGAGGCAUUUCCUGGUACCGCUAACGAUCUACCUGGAGCGCUGCUCGACGCCUUUAAAAAUGUAAAGCAAGUUGGAAAAAGUAGAUUGAUAUCGCCUAUAACAUUUAAAUGGUUGAUUGGUAAACAAUUGGGAGAGUUUUAUAGGUAUAAAGGUAGUUUAACAUCUCCCCCAUGCUCUGAGAAUGCUAUUUGGACAAUAUUUAGAAAGAAACGACGUAUUUCCCUUUUUAUAAAAAAAGUGCUUAAUUCUAUUCAAUUAAAGAAGCACGAAGUUGCCAAUUUUAGAAAAAUUCAACCCUUGAAUGGUAGAAAAGUCUAUAAAAGAGUCAAAAAACGAUAAAAGUAUUGCCAUCUUAUCUAUUGUCACCUUAUAAUAGUAAAUAUGUUUGUUUUAUUAAAUGUACACGUUUCCUUUUGGCAUGAAAAUAUUAAUUUUUCAACUUAGAUAUCCAAAGUUAUUCUACUGUGUAUAAUCCCUUUGUAAUGAAAUUCUUAUUUAAAUAUCAAUAUCAAAGCCAAUAAUUGACUUGGAAUUUUAUUCCAUAUGUGAAUCCUCUAAUUCCUUAUUCGUCCGUUUUUUCCUUCCUCCCACUUUCAUUCCUCUUUAUAUUCUUUUCUGCUCUUACUCCAUUUUUUUUAGUUUCAAUCCUUUUUUCUUCGUCUUUUGUUUCUUUAUUUUCUUAAAAGGAACUCUGGUCUUUUUUGUCUUUUCUAUUGAAUAAAUCAUUCCAGUCAAUGUAUAAUCAAAUUUACAUGAAUUUCUCUCUUUGUUUGUUCAUCAAAGAGGUAAAAAAAAAAAUUUACAUAUAUAAAAAAUAUAUUCACAAAUAAUAAGAGAUACAAUAAUGAAUGAAUCUUGUUUCUCUUCCGUUAAAAAAUACAAAAUAAAACUACUGCAAAUAAAUUAUAUUUACUGUAAAUUUUUCUAAAAAUAAAUACUGCUAAAAGUUGUAUCGGUUGAGUUGCCGAGAAAUUUUUUACCGGAUAUUGAUUGUAGCCGAAAAGAAUUUAGUUAAUGUAAACACGUUGUUGCUGUAGGCGACUGCAAUGUGUAGGGUUAGUGAGAGGUUCUUGUAUUUCGACUCUAAAUUGUUGUUUUCCUAUACAGUUUUAACCAAUUAUCUUAUACAAAUCGAGUGUUUGGCCUACGGUUAAACGUUUGCAACAUCCUUCUUCGUUUUUAAUUAAAAGUAUAAAGUUG